AUGGGCGUCCGACAGUGGGCGUGGGGGAUUUGGGUGGCCGAAAUCACCGACCGCGAGACCCACAAGCGGAUGUGGGUCGGCUCGUUCCACACGGCCGAGCUCACGGCCAUGGAAUACGACCGGUGGCAGGUCCGGUUCCACGGCCACGACGCGAGGCUCAACUUCCUCUUCGGCACGGCUCCGGUCCACCUCGUCCUGCCGGAGCCAGGGGUGGUGAGCGCUCAGAUGGCGCGGGAGGACUGGGAGCCAAGGGAGCGCCUCGAGGCCAAGGCCGCCGACGAGGCCUUACAUGGAUGA